AUGGCGAAUUCCGCUAUUGCUGCAGCUGCCGCCGCCGCCGCUGCCGCCGCAGCAGCUGCCAAUAGAGACCCGGCUGUCGACCGCUCAUUACGUUCGGUGUUUGUGGGUAAUAUUCCUUACGAAGCAAGCGAAGAACAGUUAAAAGACAUCUUCUCAGAAGUCGGACUUGUUGUUAGCUUCAGGUUAGUGUAUGACAGAGAAACAGGCAAACCCAAAGGAUAUGGCUUCUGUGAAUAUCAAGACCAGGAGACUGCGCUCAGCGCCAUGCGGAACCUCAACGGCAGAGAGUUCAACGGUCGCGCUCUGCGUGUCGACAAUGCGGCGAGUGAGAAAAACAAGGAAGAGCUUAAAAGUUUGGGAACGGGAGCGCCUAUUAUUGAGUCUCCCUUUGGGGAAAACGUGACACCAGAGGAGGCUCCCGAGUCCAUCAGCCGGGCUGUUGCCAGUCUACCACCUGAACAGAUGUUUGAACUUAUGAAACAGAUGAAGCUAUGUGUUCAGAACAGUCCACAGGAGGCAAGGAACAUGCUACUGCAGAACCCUCAGUUGGCUUACGCCCUGCUGCAGGCCCAGGUGGUCAUGCGCAUUGUUGAUCCGGAAAUCGCGCUGAAAAUGCUCCACCGCCAAACCACAACGCAGCCGCUAAUUCCGAGCGGCCAAGGGGGAGGAGGCCCACCAGUCAAUCCGCCGCCUGCCAUGCCCAACAUGGCGCCCCCUCAGCAGCAGCCUGUGGCUGGGAUGCAUGUCAACGGAGCGCCUCCGAUGAUGCAGCCUCCAAACAUGGGUGUUGUGCCUGGACCUGGACCAGGACCAGGACCAGGACCGGCCCCAGGACCCGGCGGCCCACCAGGAAACCUUCAGCAUUCCCCCACAGGAUCGUCUGCACAAGCUAUCGACCGGACGCAAGGACCAGGCGGCAUCCCACCCAGAGGUCUGCUGGGUGAUGGACCCAACGAUCCACGAGGAGGACUGAUGCCGGUCCCAGGAGAAACCAUUGACCCCAACCGAGGCUACAUGGUCGCGCCUCCGCCGCACGCCGCCCCGCCGGUCCACAUGGGCCCGAUGGGAGGCGGACCGCCGCCAGAUAUGCGAGGACCGCCCAUGGACAUGAGAGGCCCGCCGAUGGGUGAACCACGCAACAUGAUGGGUGACCCCAGAGGGCCCCCUAUGAUGGAGCAGCGUGGACCCCCGAUGGAAACCAGAGGUCGCGACCCCAGAGGAAUGGACACACGUGGCCCUGUGCCAGGCCAGCGGGUCCCUAUGGUGGGAGGAAUGCAGGGCCCCAUGCCCCACAACAUGGGCCCCAAUCCCCCUCUCGGCCCCCCGCGACCGGGUCCCGGCAUGCCUGGAAUUCCUCCUUCGGGCGGAGGCUUCAGCCCAGGCCAGAACCAAGUUUCCUCACAAGACCAGGAAAAGGCGGCCCUGAUCAUGCAGGUUCUUCAGCUAACCCCGGAACAGAUUUCCAUGUUGCCCCCCGAACAGCGGCAGAGCAUCCUCAUCCUCAAAGAGCAGAUUCAGAAAACCGCUGGCGCACCUUGA